AUGGCAGAAAGCUUUUUGAAGAGAGAACUUGCUCCGAAACGUCUAGCUUUUUGGAUAUUUUGGUUUGGUAGUCACAUUGGCCUGUUUAUAUAUGGUUUCUUCAAGCAAAAAGAUGAUGUCGAGCUUAAUAACUUGAAUGUUCUCGGUCUCUCCGUUUGGAGUUCUCGUGGUGCCGGUCUGUGCUUAGCUUACGAUGGUGCUCUUAUCCUGUUACCCAUGUGUCGGAAUAUUAUAAAGUACUUGCGUGGCAUUAGUUUUAUAAAUAAAAUCAUUCCGUUCGAUGAGAACAUCUGGUUUCAUCGUCAAACCGCCUACGCUAUGCUCGUUUUCACCUUGAUACACGUCUUUGCUCAUUACGUGAAUUUCUGGAGGCUGGAACAGUUAAAUAAAUUUCAGGCGUGGCAACUUCAUUACACCACCUGGGCAGGUCUCACUGGUCAUUUCAUGUUGUUGAUGAUGGUGUUGAUGUAUACCUCGGCUCAUCGUAAGAUGCGUGAACAAUCAUUCGAAACCUUUUGGAAUGGUAUGGAUGUUAAGGGUUCGUUUCCCCCAGCGGAAAUGCCAAAGCUGAGGAUUGACGGGAGUUACGGUGCACCAGCCGAGGAUGUGUUUAAUAAUGAAAUUGCCAUAUUGGUUGGAUGCGGAAUUGGGGUUACUCCGUUUGCUUCUAUCUUAAAGAACAUUUGGUACCAACACAAAAAUAAAAAACCAUCGAAGCUAAGACGUGUGGAAUUCUUCUGGAUCUGUCGCGACACUGGUUCGUUUGAAUGGUUCCAAUCGCUGCUAAAGACCUUGGAGGCGACACAAAUGGAAGAGGGCUUCCUAAAAUUCCACAUCUACCUCACCUCCAAACUCCGGGAAUCCACCAUCCAAAACAUCAUCAUCAAUGACGUGAGCGGUUCCUAUGAUCCGUUGACUGAUCUGUCAUCUCGCACUCACUACGGUCGACCCAAUUUCGGCUACGUAUUCUCCCAAAUAGUUCGAGCCAUCGAUUCGGGCAUGUAUCUGCCAGGAAAAGAGAGUGACUUGCAAACAAACGUGGGUGUGUACUAUUGCGGGCCUCCUCAGCUGGCCAAGAGUUUAAAGAAUGAGACAAAGGCUGCCAGCACAGAAGGAAUCAAGUUCCACUUUCACAAAGAGCAUUUCUAA